GGAGGUCCACAGCAGGUGGCAACUAUACAAGCAAAUGAACUUGGAAAAGCUCUAGGAGAAAAAAUUGAGAGGGCUCUGACAGCUCAAACAGUACAAACAGCUGCACAGGCAGCACAAGCAGAAGCACGAGACCAAAAACUUACUGAAAUCCUAGCUGCCUUGCAUCUAAACCUCCAGCAACAAAGCAACACCGUGACUGUUAUGCAAGCUGCUGUAACUUCAGGACCUUGCUAUUUCUGUAAAAAACCCGGCCAUAUCAUGAAGAACUGCCCAGAACUCAAAAAGGGUACACAAGCACCAGAUCGCUGCCCUAUCUGCAAGAAGGGAAAGCAUUUUGCCUGGCAGUGUCGAUCCAGACAAGAUACAAAUGGAAAACACAGUCCAAAAAACUCCAAUACGAGCGCGCAAUGCCAUCGCGUGACGAAACAAGUAGUGGCACCCCAAACACCCAAGGUCGCCAAAGACAAUCCUCACACCUUUAGAAAUGAUGUCUCAAAUCAUCAUCAAAGGCAGAGCAAGGCUUCUUUCAAUAGCAGGUUGCGAAUUUGCAAUUAUUUAUUUGCCCAUGAUUAAAUCUUAUUUCGAUUGGGCAAUGCAAAAAUCAGAAGACUUGAUGUAUGCCUUGCUCGAUUUUCCAGGCGUUUGCUCUAUUCAUUACCCAGCACACGGAUUAAUCAAAGCUAAAUUGUGCUACAAAGAAAAACCCCUAAUCAGUGAAGAGCCUCUAAAUGCGGUCACUAUCUUCACUGAUGGGUCAGGGCG